UCGGACAGUGAUGGCGAGGCUGGCGAUGACGAGGACCUGCCCCUAUACGAGGGCGAUCCAUUGGCGUCGCCGGCGGUGCCCAAGGCGGCGUCGACGUCGCCGCGAUACGUCGUCAUCAUGUGCUCGCUCUUCAUCUUCAUGGUCGAGCUGAGCAUGUAUGUCACGGAUCCGGCGCUGCAGAUGAUCAUGGAGGACGUGGCCUGCCACAACCACUUCCCGGACCACAAGAUUGGCGAUUUCAAGACGGAAGACGCUCGCUGCAAAGAUGCCGCCGUCCAGGGGACCUUGGCCAUGUCCCGGUCGUGGAUGAUGUGGGCGACCAUGUUUGUCCCUCUCCUCGUGCAGAUCCCCUACGGCAUCGUUGCCGACAACUAUGGCCGCCGCCUGGUCCUGUUUCUGGGCCUGCUGGGCAACCUGCUCGGGUCGUGCUGGACCGUCAUUGUCUUGCUCAACCCUACGGUAUUUUCCAUCUGGUACCUUGUCCUGAGCGCCGUUCCAAACUUGAUUGGAGGGGGCGGCUCCGUCAUCAUCGCCAUGGUCUGGACCAUUCUCACAGACGCCAUUGUGCCGGAGAAGAGAACCACCCUCUUCUAUCAGAUGCAUGCCAUGAUGCUCAUCUUGAGCACAAUCUUCCGUCCCAUCGCUGGCUGGAUGCUGAGCAUCAACCCCUGGCUGUCCAUGUGGACGGGCCUAGGUUCUCUCGCUUUGAGCACUGCCCUAACCCUCCUCAUCCCUGAAACCUUGCAUCUCGCUCAGAGCUCCAAUGGGCAGCAGGCACACGGCCAUGCGUCGCAUUUCCCUCCGCUCGGGCCAAAGAAGAGCGUCAUUCGGACGGCGUGGGAGACGGCAAGCAAGGAUGCUUUGCGCGUCUGGCAAUUGCUUCAAAACUCCAAGAAUCUCUACCCUCUUAUUCUUGGCAUGGCCUUCUACACCCCCAUUCACACCGGAUUUGAGAUGAACAUGCUCCAAUAUGUGACUGCGAGAUUCGAAUGGGACUGGUCCAAGGCAACGUACUUUAUGACCAUCCCCAAGAUCACUUCGGUCAUUGUGCUGCUAGUCAUCUUGCCUGCCAUUACCUGGAUUAUCAACAGACGCCUGCAUCUUGACAUUUUGACAAGGGACCUUUACUUUGCCCGUGGGUCCAUCAUCUGCAUCGUAGUAGGCAACGCACUCACAGUAGUCUCGGCAACGCCCUGGAUGCUGGCCAUCUCUCUAAUUGCUCUUGGCUUCGGUAACGGUCUGCUGCCGCAAGUCCGGGCUAUACUCGCCUCGCAGGUAGAGGCACACGCCCUGGCAACGGUCAACACGGCAAUUGCAUCUGUAGAGACAAUGGUUGGCCUGGUCGGUACACCCUCGUUAGGCUGGCUGCUAAGCAAGGGAAUCGCCCUCGGCGGAUUUUGGAUGGGAUUGCCCUAUUUGGCGACCACGGGUUGUGCUAUCGCCAGCGCCGUGGCCAUUUUCAUGUUUAGG